UUCACUUCUCAAUUCUCUGGGGAAGCCUCACCGCUUUCAUGCAACUGUGGAGAGAAGCAGCAGAGCAGGCUGUGCAGAUCUUGGCUGAGCACAGACAGUCCGGACCUGAAUGGAGCCUCUGGGGGAGGAUCUCAGCCAGCUGGCAGCCAUUUUGGAAUCUGACAGUGACUCUGAUUCGGAGAAAGAUGAAGACGCCAAGGAAGCGGCUGCUUGUCAGGAAGGGGAUGAAGCCAAGAAAAAGCUAGCCGAAUUUGAGUAUGCUUCACAGGCUUUGCUCGCUGAGCUGUCCACCCUGGAAGCAGAGUACGAAAUCGAGAAGUCAUGCCGAGAGCAAGCAGAAGCCUACGCAGCCCAGGUGAGCAGAGAGAACAAGAAGCUGAAGCGCAUCAGCGCGGCUUUGCUGCCCAUGUUCACCCACCUCCCGGCGGACCUCAUCGACCCGGGCAACGAGGAGGAGAUCCCCGCCAAGCAAGUCCUGGAUCCAGUGGGCCAAUACCUGCAGCAAAUCAAAGACCUUCAAGCGAAGGUUUCCCUGCUGCUGGGUGAAAGGAAGGAACUGGCCAUGCAAAUGACGGAGCUCCAGGGUCGGGUACAGCAGCUCCAGGAACAGGUGGAAGAAGAGCAGUUUGAGAAGCAAUCUCUGCAGGCUCUGGUGGUGGAACGUCAGAGGGCUCUGAAGAGGGUCAAACGAGUGUCCCGUCUACUCACUGAGGAGUACGGCAAGGUGUCCCAACAGCUGGAUCUGGAGGAGGAACUGAGGCAGCAAGCAGAGACCUUUGCCCGCCAGAUGCUGGUGAAGCAGAAGGAAGCCAACCGGCAGAGCAUGAUCCUGAUGCAGAAUAUUGGGCCAGAGACCCAGCUUCUCCAAGCCAUGGAGGAGGUGGCCAAGAUGACCCGGGAACUGGAAGAAGCCCGGCAAGAGCACCAGGCUAAGGUGAAGGACCUGGAGGCCCAGCUGCUGGGACGGCCGCAGGCAGAAGAACUCCACAGGCUCCUGGCUGCCCUGGCGGCAGCGGAGGAAGAGAAAGUCCGCCUGGGGGAAAGGCUUCUCCAAGCGGAGGAGAGGAACGCGGCUCUGGAAGAGAGAGUGAAAUCCCUGGAAGAAGAGGCGAAGGAGAUUGGGACCCCGUCUCCCAAAACAUGUCCUGAGGCUCCUCUUCCUCCUCCUCCCCCUCCCCCUCCUCCUCCUCUCCCUCCAGCAUGUCAUGUCCCAGUGGACCCCCUGAUGGCCCUCAGGCAGAGGAAGGGAAGGCAGCAAGCGAAAUGCGCAGCAAACUCCUGCACAGACGAUGUGAAAUCGAAAGCGGUGGAAGAAAUGAUGGCCAGGAUCAAAAGUGGGGUGGUCCUUAGGCCAGCCAGAAAGGACGCUGGGGACUUCUCCAAGGCAGCCGCCGUGAGCAAGCGCCGAAGCACCACGAUGGAGCUGCAGGGUCUCCUGGCCCAGAGCAGUACCAGGAGUCCGGUGCGGAGAUCAAGCCGACGUCAAGGCAGCCAGAGGAAGCUCACAGACCACCAGCUGGAGUCCAUCCUGCAGAGACGUCGCCGGAUGGUUGACUGCCCAGCGCAGGGCCAAGUCCCACAACUGCAACCUGUCGUGUCCACAAAACACAUCAUGUCCGUUGGAGUUCGGGAGGCCAUGGCGGGUGUCAUCUCUGCUACAGACCCACAUCCUUCCACAAAGAGCUCUGGGGAUCUUGGCAAAAGUCCAACACGUGACCCUGGCAACCUGGAAGCUACGAUCCCACCAUGUUCAGAGGAAGAGCCUGCCCUCGCUCAGUCGCAGCUCAGAGUAGCGCCCCUUCAGAUGAGCAGAAGGAUCGCACUUGCGUCAGGGAGUCGAGAUCCCCCCUGAAGCAGCCUGAAACUAUAUUAUGAAGCUGCCUGUAGUGCUUUGAUUUGAGACUGGAUUAAAUUAGAAAAAACAGAUUUGCUAAACCUUGAAGGACAUGAUAAUAGAUUUGGAUAGCAUGCGUACUUGUGGUAAAACAAAGAGAAAGUGUGCA